GAUAAUAGUCAAUCAUUUCGUACUGAAAAGAUAACGUCUGAGAGCAUUUGUUGCAAUAACGAACGUAUUCAUCAGGUAGCAUGGGAGCACGAAGAGUAUAAAGAAAAAGCGAAAGCUGAACGUUUAAGGAAAGAGCUCGGCUUGGACGACAGUCGUGAUAGUCGUGCAAAUGGAAGAGAGGGCAACCAGACUGAGUUUGUCUCAUUCGACGAUCACAUAUCAGUAAUGGAGAGCGCUCGAGGGUCAGCCACGAACGUCUGGAGUACUUCAUCACUGCCCGGAAUUGUUUAUACGAGUCGUAUCGGAAAAUCGACAUCAAAUAGCGGUGCAAAAUCAUAA